AUGCCUGACGCGGCCCCCAAAAAGAUUAUUGUCGUCCUUGGAGGAUCGUACGGCGGUGUCUCGACAGCGCACUACCUGUUAAAAAAUGUCAUUCCCAAGCUGCCCACCCCGGAGCUUUAUCAAGUCAUCCUUGUGAGCGCAUCAUCCCAAGCCAUGUGUCGACAAGCCUCCCCACGUGCUCUGAUCUCCGACGAGUAUUUCGACCAGCAAAAGCUUUUUGUCGACAUCCGCAGCAUGUUCGCCCAUUACUCCGAUGGCAGUUUCCAAUUUAUCCACAGAACAGCGACUGCAGUAACGCACACCGAGAGAAGCGUUUCAAUCUUCGUCUCCUCGGACGGAGGACAUGAGACUCUCGCAUACCAGGCCCUCGUCAUCGCCACCGGCGCAUCUACCCCUUCGUCCGCCCUCGGCCUCAACCAAGACGCCGUCGACCUCCGAAAGAGCUGGUCCGCUAUCCGACAGACCCUGCCACACGCCAAAUCUAUCGUGAUCGCAGGUGGUGGACCAGCAGGUGUAGAAACAGCCGGAGAGCUGGGAGAGCACCUGAACGGACGCCACCGCAGCGGGUGGAUGUCUUUGGGACGCAGUCCGAACCAGCCCCCGGACAUACACAUUACCCUCGUCACAUCCGCCUCCAGACUUCUUCCGGCCCUGCAUCCGGUGCUCGCGACUAAAGCCGAGUGGCUACUCGCUGAAGUUGGCGUGUCGGUCAUCAAAAACGCCCGCGUGCAGAGUGUCCAUCCUGAGAACGCCGGUCAGGAUGCAGUGGCUGCGACGGUGACGCUGGAAGACGGGCGGACGCUCCCCGCGGAUGUGUACAUUCCUGUGACGGGUACAAAGCCCAACACCGGCUUUCUGGAUUCGAGUCUUCUGGCUUCCAAUGGUCGCGUCGAGACAAAUUCGACGCUGCGCGUGGAGAAUGCGGGGAAGAGAGUUUAUGCGAUUGGGGAUGCGGCCUCUUACGCGGCGCGGCCGUCAGUGCAUGGGAUUCUGCAGGCUGUGCCCGUGCUUUGUGCCAACAUCAAGCGGGAUUUGUUGUUGGGUGAGAUUGGAGGAGCAGGCGGUGGUGGUGACGGAGAUUCUGUAUUCAAGGAGGAUACGCGCGAGACACAGAUCGUGCCGAUUGGGACGGCUGGGGGUGUGGGAGCGAUCAUGGGGUAUAAAUUGCCCGGGUUUUUGGUUUGGCUGUUCAAGGGGCGCGAUUAUUUUCUGUGGACGACGAAGAAGAUAUGGAGUGGAGAGCAGUGGGAUUAA